AUGGAAAUCAACCGCUGUGAACUUACCCAGGUUUUGGGACCGAGUGACGGCUCAAACAUUUGCAAAUCUCCUCUCAUCAUCUGUUUCCAUGGAUCAGGUGAUUCGUGUGCGUCUUGGUGGGAGCUAGCACAAUCACUGGCGACAUCAUACCGCGUCCUCCUAUACAACCGCGGACCCUCCAAUCCUACUUCGAAAGCUUCUACCAAGUCGCUGCUUCAGUACCUCGCCGAAAUGCAGCUCGGCCCUCCUUACGUUCUAAUUGGACAUUCAUAUGGAGGAAACUUUGCACGAGAAUUCUUACAGCAGCGAACAAGCGAUGUGGUGGGAUUGGUUCUCGCCGAAACAGGUCAAGAGACGGCUUUGGAUCCGGCAAUGGAGGCACGCCAAUACAAGCGGACGAUCCUGGGCACAAAGCCUCUCAGUGUCAUUCGAGCCAAUUCGAUGAUUGGGAAAAUGAAGCAGUUGGAAGAAAAGAUACGGGAUGCUCAGGGAGAUGAGAAGUUAGAGAAUGAGAUCCGAAAUGGCCCCGAAUUUGCCAUGGUGGACGCCUGGGACAAGGAGGACGAGAGACUCAAGAAACGGCAACUGGACCUGUCGAAGAAUAGUCGCUAUCUUCACAUCUCUGAUUGCGGCCACCAUGUGAUCCGAGAUCGACCAGAUGCCGUCGCUGAGGAGGUCCGCUGGGUCAUGGAGAAUUGGAACAAUGUCCCGGACAAGCAAUCCCACGGGGUGAUGAAGAAGUUAUGGGAGAAAUUAUUGAGGUGA